GUGGCUAGCUGAGUCUGGUUUGCUGAGAGCUAGCUAGCUAGAGAAAGAGACCAGAGAAAGACAGUGAAGAUGCCUAUUGUGAAGAUUCCUUUGAAGCACAAGUUUGGGAUUGUGUCUCUGUCUCGAGCUGAGGGUUUGUUGAUCAAGAAGAGGCAGGCAGACAGUAGAGAAACACAGAAAUCCUCCCCUGGCCCUCUAGAGAUAACCCUGGAGUUUGUCUCCAAGUAUAAUAAGACCAGGGAAAACAUGAGAGGCUCCUUGGACACUCUUGUCCAGUCAUCUCUUCUCCAUGCAAAGUACAAGGCUGGUGUGGGUAGAGCUGAGUCAGGUGAUGUAUCAUAUGCAUGGCUGGAGCUCUCUCUGCUGUGUCAGUGUUAUGGACAAUACCAGCAAGAUGCUCUGUUACUGUUGGCCCUCUCUCUCAGCCACGCCCCCCUCUCUGAGGCACACAUUGAGAGCCUCCUCUAUAUUGCGGGGCUCUGCUUUCAAUGGCUGAAGAGCAAGGAGCUCUCUGAGACUGUUCUGAGAACAGGAGAGCUGCUGCUGCUCAAGAUAGUCUACCUCACCACACUACGACUGCACUACCAUCAUCUCACUCGUGCAUUAGCUGAUGCAACCAGAGUGGAGGAUAUAGGACAGCUCAAGGAUGACCUGGAAGGGUUUGAAGUGAGGGAGAAAAUGUACAGAAACUUCCCAGAAGCUCUACUGCAAUGGAAACUAUCUCUUGAAAUUGGCUUGCUUAUCUGUGAGAGUUAUGGUGGCAACACUGCCCCCGAGAGUCGAGUGUCACCUCACACAGCCUGCAGUAACAACCAGAGAGCUACCUCUGUCCAGUCAUCACCCCACCCAUCUCCCGGGUUGCAGUCAUCGCCCCACCCUCCCACCGGGCUGGCUCCCAUCCUCUGGCACACUCUCGAUGUAUGGCAGUGCAUCAACACUGGCAAUGAGGCGCUGGGAGAGGCUCUAGCAGACCUACUGGGCUGCUCCACAAACUUUGACCCUCACAGUAGUUUGUUGGAAGGAGCCCUGGCCAUGUCACUGCUGUGUGUGGCGUCUCAACUAAACCUUGCUAGUAUUAAACUACUACAAUCAUUGGCAGCUGGUUCAUCUCGCCCAAGCACUCAGCAAAAAGCCCCAUCAUUAUCAGACAAGUCCACCACUCCUCCCGAGAGCCCCAGGAGAGAAACACGAUUCAUUCUUCCAGAAGAUAUGACGUCACAGUCAAGGCGGCCUCGCAAACCAAGCACUCUCAAUGUUCUAGGAGCACAGCCUGAGUUUGAUGCAGCAUUAUUAGGCUCUGCUGUGACACUCCUCACACAGUUCACCGUGGCAGUAGAUGAGGAAGAUGAGAGCUCCUACCAUUCAUCACCAGUAGCCAGUACAGUGGGUACACAAAGUCUGAUAGAGAGUGUCGUGAUCCCGUCCCCCCCUCCCAGCACACACACUAGUCACACUAACAGUGCUCUACUGGAUAGUACAACUACUGAUCUAUCUCUUGGACUCAGCAAAUCCAAUCCUUUACUACACUCUGAGAACAAGAGCCUCUAUAAGCUGAUCACUGUGAGUGGACACAGCAAUGCUGAUGAAAGAAUCAAUCUUCUGGAUACAAUUGAAAGUGUUGACAGUCAAUCUGACAUGGAAUCUCAAAAGAAAGUUGUCCUACAAUCUCCUACCAACACAUGUACCACAUUUGAACCAAUCGAGGAUUGCCACACCCUCCAACAGCAAUCCCCUGCAUCAUAUUACGCUCAUAGCCACGCCCCCCUCAGUGACGGAGUUGCAGUACUUGGCAGUCAAGUGGCACCCAGCACAGUAUAUCGUAGGAGUGUUUUCUCCACUCCUGAUCAACAUCUUGGCAGCUUGGAGGAUAACACGGUGUCCCCAGGACUACAGUCUUGGUCCACAGAGGUAUCCCUGCUCUACACACUGGGUAUGGCUGAUUGUGUGCUGUAUGGACGCAGCUCUUUGAUACAGCGAUGUGCUCUACUAGGAGAUGAGGACGAGGGCGGUCUAGUGGGACUGGCUCAGUAUUCUAACAAUGGGUCUUCAACAGAUAUGAGUUGGACUGUGCGUCAUGCAGCUGUGCUGGGCCUGUCUCGUGUGGUCCGAGUGUGUGGGCAUGUAGCCGUGCAGGAUGGCUUCAGUCAUGUGGCCAGGGGGGCACUCACGGAGGCACACGCACACGAGAAGGAACCAAAAGUAUUGGAGGCUUUCAAACUGGCUCAGGCGUGUCCAGACCUCGACAAAGCUCUCCUGUCAUUGGACAAGGUUUCAUUCUCAUCACCUUUACUGGCUCACAUUGCUAAUGGCCUCAGUCGUCAUUUCCUGCCUCCAAUUUCCACUACACUACCUCCUGUCAAGUCAAAGCACAAGAGAGUUGCAACAGCUCCAGCUAGAACAGAGGGAAAGGAUUUGACUGCUUCACUGAGUAAAGUACAGCCUAAGGUGUCUACUAGGACAGGGGUACCACAUGUGGCCAGCUUCAAUAGUCGUCGGAUGGGAGCCCUCAAUGCUAUAGCAGAAGAGCACUGGAAGAGGCAAAUGAAGGAACAGGAGAAACAGGAAGAGCAGGAGAGAGUUGCGGCAGAGGAGGUACUAAAGAAAGAGUAUGAAGAAAAGAUGAGAAAGAAAGAGGAGAAGUUAGCCAGGAAUAAGAGACCCCACACUCAUCAGUGCUCUCACCCACUCUAGCUUAUUAUGUCACAUGACUGUCAGUAUACUUAUUGUAUGCAAAGCUGCCGUGUGUUUUAUCACCAUGGAUACUAAUGAACUCUUUAUAUUAUAAUAAUUAUGUUUAUUGAAUAUCACUUAUCACAUUGUCAACAA